CGAGAUGUCCAGUGAUUACAUAAACUCCACUUCGACUGGAAAGAGGACAACACUCAACCACCAGAGACCUGACGAGUCGAGAGGACAACAUGAAGAGUUUCUACGUGUUCUGUCUCGCCGCGUGUCUGUACGGGACGCUGCUCGUGCCUUCCUCGGCGCACCCCUCACCCUUACACCGAGGACAUGGACGCCACCACCACCCCCACCACGACCAGGACGACCUUCCACCAGAUGCCGAGCUGAUCGACUUCGACGAGUUUUUCGGGGUGCCAGUGGACCCAUUAAGUGAAGAGAUUGAAGGUAUGGAAGACGACGGAGAGAAACUAGAGACCCUAUCACAACAGCCAAAACAAUUCAACACGAAUGACGGAAGGCUCUACCUGCAACAGUUCGGGUAUUAUAACAUGUCGAAGGACCCCACAGGCAUGCUGGGAAGUCUGGACACCAUCAGUCCCAUGAUGCGUCGCGCGGUCAUCAACUUCCAGCAAUUCGCAAACAUCCCGACAACAGGUGUCAUUGAUGACAAGACGGCAGAGAUGAUGAAGAUGCCACGGUGCGGAUGCCCUGAUGUUGUGGCGCCGCCUAGCGGUCCUGUGGCGCGCUACACCCGACUGGGCAGCAGAUGGCAGAAGAACGACCUGACCUACCGCAUCAACAACUUCACUCCUGACCUCCCCCGCGAUGAAGUGGUAGAUGCCAUUGCCCGUGCAUUUGACGUAUGGUCCGAGGUGACGCCCUUGACCUUCAGACGUGUUUCCGGUCCAGCUGACAUCGAGAUCCGGUUCGCCGCCGGUAGUCAUGGAGACGGCAACGCCUUCGACUCCAGGGGAGGCGUCCUGGCGCAUGCGUACCCACCCGGAGGGGGCAUCGGCGGUGACGCCCAUUUUGACGAGUCGGAAGUCUGGCAAAUCGGAGGACCAAGUAUCGCGUCCCUGAGAGGAACUGAUCUGUUCUCGGUGGCGGCUCACGAGUUCGGCCACUCCCUGGGGCUGGGACACUCCCAGGUGAACUCCGCCCUGAUGGCGCCGUUCUACCGGUACCAGUCGCGUCUGCGUCUGGACAGAGACGAUAUCAACGGGAUUCAGAGUCUGUACGGUGGACCGCAACCUCGUCCUCGUCCCCAGCCCACGCCAGCACCUCGUCCCCAGCCCACCAAGCCUCCCGUGAACCCACCGCCCCCUGGCGGAGAGGGGGAUGCCGACACCUGCAGCGGCAAAAGUUUCGACGCCUUCACCCGCUUGGCCAACGGCACCAUGUACGCCUUCAGAGGGAAGUACUUCUGGCAGCUGACUGAGCGUGGGGUGUCGCCUGGAUACCCACAGCUGAUCAAGGACGUCUGGCAGGGAUUGCCGGGAAAUCUGGACGCCGCCAUGUUCUAUGAGAUCAACGGAAAGACAUACUUCUUCAAGGGAGGACAGUUCUGGCGGUUUACCGGUGACAGCAUGGACAGCGGAUACCCCCGCUCCAUCAGUGUCUGGCGCACUGUGAGUGACAUCGACGCUGCUCUGUACUACGGAGAGUGGGACGGCAAAACCAGAACCUACUUCUUCAAAGACGGGCAGUACUGGCGGUACACCGGCGGGGCCCGGGCGGGUGCCGACUCCGGCUACCCCCGCUCCCUCAGCCUGUGGCGCGGCUUCCCCACACGGAUCGAUGCCGCCUUCACCAGCGCGGACGGCUCCAGGUACAUCUUCCGUGAGGACCGCUACUGGAAACUGGCAGCUAACCGCGCUGCUGUGGACACCAACGGGGGGUACCCGCGUAGCGUGGCCACGGACUUUCUGGGUUGCGCUAAAACUCUUCAAGAUCUAGAGAUAGAGCCUUGAUAGAACACUAAAAUAUCGGUACUUAGUGGUGACUUGGAUAUCAACAUCACAUUUAUGACACGUUUAAAAUGUCAGUUAAUAUCAAUUUAAAGAAUGAUUCACAAAUUUGAUGGUCACGAUUAAGAGAUCAACGUAGAGUUGCUGUUUUAGUCAGAAAAAUUUCAAUCAACAAAAUCAUGCCAUGGGGAACUUCCAUAGGGAAUUUGUAUCUGUAUCUGUAUAGCCGGUAUAUAUGUAUAACCACCCUUCGGCGUAACACACCAGCUUUAGAGAGAUAACAUGACGAAUUAUAUAUCUAGUAUUUGCUUUUACCUAUACCACUACUUGCAAAUUAUUUAUAUAAAUGAAGCUUCCGAUCAUGUGUGAAAAUAGGAAAUAUUAUUCUUAAAACUUUAUUGUAUCUAUCGACAGAGCUUGGUAACUUUUAAUUAAUGUUUUUGAAGUUUUCUAACGUAUGUUAGAUGCAACAAUAAUAAUAAUGAUUCUAGAGGGCCGGAAAUAUGCAAAAUGAUUUUAGAUUUGGUGAUUUUUUUUAACCUCGAGCUGAUUUUUUAUAAUAUUUGUACGUCAUGUUUCUGCGCUAAGAUAUGCAAUAAAUAUUUGCUUUACGAUGACGCAAAUUA